CUUCUCCUUUUCUUCCCUUUUAUCAUUGAACACUUCCCCUUCUUUCUCGCUCCACUUUUUUAUUCUCCCCCCCUUCUUCAUCAGUGACCAGAACAAAUUCAAAUUUUAAGUGGAGUGACCAAUCCAUUUCUUGGGGUAUUUUGCUAAUUACAGGUGGGAAGAUGGAAGAUGAUGUUGGUUAAGUUGAAGUGUACUUAUGGUGUUAUGUCAUCAAUUCAAGUCUAUAAAGUUGAAAGGAAAUAUUUUAGCUAAGUUUGGGAGCACCAAAUAGGAGCCAAUUCGGUGCUCCCUGUCGGGCACGGGAAGUUCUGAUACCAAUUUUCUGACACCAAUCUUCUUGUGCGGAGGCGACCCAAAUAGGGUUACAUCUAUGGGCAAUGAUGAUCUGUAUCACUAUAUAGAAGAAAAUUACAAAUUGAAGAACGUUUUGGUUCUUCUAGACAAUAAUCCCUCUUCUUACAAAACGUCACCCACCAAACGAAGAAAAGCUCACCAAACUCUCUCAAGAAAAAUCCCCAAUAAUUAUAUGGUUUAUGUAAACUAGAAAAUCCAUCAAAAGACAAACUUCAAAUAUCUCUCUUGAAGAUUGCACACAAAAAGGAUUUUCUUCACACAAAAAACUAAUAUAACUUAUUAUGACUCUAUCUCCCUUGAUCAGAAUUGUAGGUAUGAAAGAAAAAUUUUGUAAUAAAAGACUCUUAUUACAAAUGACAUUGAAUUUCUGAAUAUUCUUUUCUAUUUGUAGAAAGUACUUCAUUUCUUGGUGUCAAAAUAGGAUAUGUGGUAUAAAAAUGGAGGAUUUAUUCUCUUUUUUUUCCAAAAAAUGAUUUGGAGAUUGUGUAAUGCUUGGAUCACUCUGGGAUUACCGUGGGAUCUCUCAAGAUCUACAUCUUUUGCUGCAUAACACGCUUUAUACAAAACAAUUCAUUCCUUAUCAAUUACUUUCCUGAAAGUUUGCUUAUUGCCUUAUCAAACCCUUAGCUUGAGCAUUAAGCCGUCCACACGGUCAUACAAUUGACGACCACAAUUGUAUCAUUCAACCAAUGAAAUUCUGCCAAAAUCCCAACACUCUCAGACACAAUAGUUAUUACUAGUCAUGUUUUAUGGGAGAGAAUGUUUGUCAUUUAAGAAAUAAAAAGUUUAUAAAAUGACAAAACUAACACGAGUUCAUGUAGUUUUAUUGAAGUUUUAAUUAACCUUAGAAAGAGCAAUGGUGAAAUGGGAUUCAUAUAGCAUACGACAAAUAAUUGAGAUUAAAUUUGGUUAAUUACAAUUGACUUGACUGGAAUAUUGUGAGAAUUACAUGGGUUAUGUUAAAGUUUAGUGGACUUGUACUUAAAACAAAUGCUGCACAAUGAGAAUUCAAACCAAUUUUAGAAAAAAAAACCUGGUGUAAUUAGUUAAAUUAAAAUUGUGGCGCGUUUGAGCCUUUAUUAUUUGUUUGGAUAUCCAACCACUUUUAAAAUUUUUUGAAAGGUAGCUCAAUUAGAUACUAUUUGAUUUAGAGACCCUGUAUCUAGUUUUUCUGUAAAUAUAAAACUUCAUAAGAUAAUUUGCUUCAUUUCCUUCUACUUUAUUGAUUAGACUGUAUCAUUAAGAUUAGAGAUGCUAUAUGUUUUCUAAGUACUUCCAUCCUCUAUGUGUUGUUUAUUGUUGGUCAUUCCCAGCGUUUCACACAUGCAUUUCCUGUCUUUUAAUCCCGAUAAAAGAAUAUAAUAAUUUGAAAGAAUCACAUGUAUUUCCUUACACUUGUUUUAAUGUAUUAGUAUAAGCAUAUAGCCUUAAACUUGUUUUUAAUGUACUAGACUAAUAGUAUAAGCAUAUAGCCUUAAACUUGUUUUUAUGCUUAUUUGUUUCGUUGUCCUUUUUCAGGUAAAUUAUAUAUUUUUAUUUUUUGGUGUUUGAUAAAGAUUUAGGUUAAAGUUGAGGUAGAAGCCUAGCCCGGCUAAUAAAAUAACUUGUCAAAAAUUGAUAGGUAAGUUAUUUUUGUUAACUUUUAGUAUUUUUUUUUCUUCGUAAAUAUUUUAUGACAACCAAAUAUUAGAAAAUAAAAAAUAUAUUUUUUGAAAAAUAUUUUACAUCUAAACAAAGGGGCUUUUAUAGUUUAUGUACUACAGUAAUAGUAUAAGCAUAUAGUCUUAAACUUGUUUUUAGGCUCAUUUGUUUCAUCAAUUUUGGAAAUUACAUAAUCUCUUAAAACCAUAAACCUGAAGAACAAAUACAAUAAUCCAUUUUUAGGUAAAUUAUAUAUUUUUAUUUUUAUUUUUUGGUGUUUGGUAAAGAUCUUGGUUGAAGUUGAAAUUGAGGCCUAGUCCGGUGAAUAAAAUAAUUUGUCAAAAAUUAAUCGAUAAGUUAUUUUUGUUAACUUUUAGUUAGUUUUUUUAAAUUUCUUUGGAGCUAUAUACUAGUAAAAUUUUGAUGUUAUUUCGCAUAUAUUUUCGUUCUGUCUAGACUAAUACCACACCCCCACAGUAUGCAUAAAAAAAUUGUUGCGAAAUAUCAUAUCACAUUAUCCUUCUUAACUUCAUGGUCUUAAAAUAAUAAUAAUAAUAAUAAUAAUAAUAAUAAUACCUUAACCUAAUUGACUCUGUUCACAUUCUCUUUUCAAUUCUUCAUUUUGCUAGGGUCAAGAACUGUCCCACCGGGAAUAACAUAUUAUCAAUAUUUGGUUGCCCACUUGUAGGAAAGCUUUCCCUGUGGAUCCCACCAAUGGCUCUUUCCUUUCUUCUCCACUCCUUUUUACUCUGUAUCAUCUUGUUCGGGUCAAGAACUAUCUUAUUUACAGGUUGGCGGAUAAGCAUAUUGUAAUCUAAGUUACAUGAAGUGGGAGCGUAAGAGCGGCAAAAUUAUAUAAUAAAUAUUGAAAAUUUGAGCGAGAGCGCGUGCAGAGCGUGAGAGCACUCCGAACGUGAGAGCGAUACGUGUUGAGAAGAACUGUAUGACUUAGAUUGUAAUUGUAUCAUGCUUUUCACAAUUGUCCCACCGAGAAUAGCAUAUUAUCAAUGUUUGGUUGCCCAGUUGCUGGGAAGCUUUCCCUGUGGAUCCCACCAAUAGUUCUUUCCUUUCCUUUCCUUUCCCCUACUUUUAUAAUUUGACAUUUUCCCUUCUCUUUCUCACUACUCCUUUUUUGCUUCUCUCUUCAUCAUUCAUGAUUGAGCAUAAUAAAUUCAGUCUUUUGUUGAUAUUUAGCAGAGUAGUGUUCAUAUAUAUGUAUUUUUUAUAAAAGAAAUCCAGCCCCAUAGUAAGCAUAAAAAAUCCUAGCCCUAAGAAGAUAUCACAUCACAUUACCCUUCUUAAGUUCAUGGUCUUACAAAAAAAAUAUAUAUAUUAUAUAUAUGUACCUUAACAUAAAAUUACACGGUAAUUUACAUGGUUUUGUGAUUUUCCGUGAAUAAACAAAUAACUCUCUCCAUGGUCCAAAUUAUAAAAAAGAAAAUUAAAAAAAGAAAAGAAAAAAUUCGUAGUAUAAAUAGUUAUUCAUAGAACAUUUGACGGGGCAUAGAUAAUGAAAAUUUUAAUACAAAAUUUAGAUUUUAUACAACUCCGUUCACAUUUUCUUUUCAACUCGUCAUUUUGUUAAGGUCAAAAUAUAGGGUAACAAUUUAUAUCCAAACCCAUUAAACAGCCCAAACUUGUCCACUAAAAUUAAAUUUUUUGGAUAAUCAAUUUAAAUGAAUGUGUAAUUAAUGGAUAAAAAAUGGGUUCUCAUUAUAUUCAUGGGUAAAUAAUGAGUAAAUAUUGGGUACCCAUCUCAACUCGCUCAAACAAAACUAUAUUUUCUCUCCUCCAUUUCUCUCUAUUUCUCAUUUUUUUUUUCCUGUGUUUUCUCUUCUCUUCCCCCUUUUUUUCUCUCUGUUUUCUCUCUUCUCCCCCUUUUUUUUUUUUUUUGAGAAAGGUUUUUUUAACUCUUUUGUUUGCUCUCUCAAAAAUUUUAAAGAGAGAAAUUAAUUUCAUCUCUUUCUUUUUAUUUUUUGUUUUUUUUUUUUUUUGAAAAGUAAUUUCAUUGGCCGACAUAGUUAUUGUUAAAUUGAUCUCUCUCACAAAUUUGGCACUGCUUUAGUUUUUGGAAAAAAAAAAUUUUUGGCGAAUUUUUUUUUAGUAUUAUUAAAUUUUGUCACUUUCUAAAAUAUAGAAUUAUUGCAAAUAUUGUUUAUAGAUCCUGCCAUUGCUCAGAGAUCCUGUCAUUGUAAUUGGGUUGGAAGUCAAUUAUAUAGGAAGAUGGUGUGAUACUUAUUUAUUGUUAUUAAUUAUGAUUUUAUAUAGAAAAAAUAAAAUUGGCCUCUCUGAAUUUUUAUCUCUUUCCUUUCUCUUUCUGUUUUCUCUCUCCUCUCUGUUUUUUCUCUUUUCUUUUCCUGGGUUGUGGUACCGCACUCUAUCGCAAUGUUACCUCAACUUCUAUAUUUCUUUUUUUUGCACUACAAACCUCAAUUUCUAUUUUAUUGGGUAAAAAAUAUUGAAAUUAAAACCAUGUUUGUACCGGUUAAAAUUCCUUUUUCUAUAUAUAUAUAUAUAUAUAUUAUUAAUUAUAGUAGCAGAGUAAUAAGUUGUAUUUGACUUUUAAAAAAAAAAAAAUGAUAACACCAGUGAUUAGAAAAUUAAUAUAAAACUGUUACAAGAACAAUUUUUUUAUUUUUUGGUAUUCAAGAAUUAAAAAUAUUUGACAAUUUGUUUAUAAAAAAAUUUGGGUAAUUGGGUUGGGUGUGAGUUCGGCUCGACCCAUUUGACACCCAACCCAUUUUUAACCCACCAUAAUGGGUUGAUAAUGAACUAAUGACCCAUUAUUGUCCCGCCCAUUCACGACCGGCCCAAACCCACCAAAUUACUACCCCUAUCAAAAUUACUGUCACAUGGAGAAUAGCAUAUAUUAACAAAGCAGCAUAUAGAUUCUGCAUUUUCAGAACUGUCCCAACGGGAAUAGCAUAUUAUCAAUGUUUGUUCGGCAGGGAAGCUUCCUCUGUGGAUCCCACCAAUGGUUAUUUCCUUCCUUUCCUUUCCUCCCCUUUUAUCAUUUGACACUUCGCAUUCUCUCUGGCACUCCUUUUUUCGCUUCUCUCCUCUCUCUUCAUAGUGAGCAGAACAAAUUCAAUCUUUUAGUGGAGUGGUCAAUCCAGUUCUUGGGGGGUUUUGCUAAUUACAGAUUGCAUAUAUCCCUUGUUCAUUGAUCUCUUAGAGCCUUGUUCAGUGGCCGCUAUGGGAGCCCGAGAAGCGUCCUCAACUCGAUGUUCUUAUCACGUGUUCUUGAGUUUUAGAGGCGAAGAUACUCGGAAUACCUUUACUGAUCACCUUUAUGCGGCUCUACUCCAUGCAGGAAUACGCACAUUUAGAGAUGAUGAGGGAAUAGAGAGAGGACGGAAUAUCAACUUAGAACUAAAGAAGGCAAUCCAAGAGUCGAGAAUUUCAAUAAUUGUUUUCUCAAAAGACUAUGCAUCGUCAAGAUGGUGUCUUGAUGAGCUUUUGAAUAUCCUUGAGCGCAAGAAGACUGUUGGUCAUAUGAUUCUGCCCGUCUUCUAUCAUGUGGAUCCAUCCCAUGUAAGAAAGCAGACAGGAAGUUUUGCACACGCAUUUGCUAUAUACGAAGAACAAUUUAAGGUAGAGACAGAAGAAAAAAAAGAGGCGGGGUUGGACAAGAUAAAUAGGUGGAAGGCAGCUCUGAGAGAAGUUGCAGAUCUGGCAGGGAUGGUUAUAAUAGAUGGGCAGGAGGCAAGUUUUAUUCAAAAAAUUGUGAAAGAGAUUGGGAACAAAUUGAAUCGCACGGUUUUGAGUGUUUGUCCAUACCCAGUUGGAAUAGAUUCUCGUGUAAAAAACAUUAAUUCGUGGAUUCAAGAUGGAUCGACGGAUGUUGGCAUAGUGACAAUAUGUGGAAUUGGUGGAAUUGGGAAGACAACAAUCGCCAAAACUGUCUACAACUUAAACUUUGACAGAUUUGAAGGUAGCAGCUUCCUCGCAAAUAUUAGAGAAAUAUCAGAACAAUCCAAUGGUUUGGUUAGUUUACAAAAACAACUUCUUUCAGAUAUUCAAAAGGGGAGAAAAGAAAAAAUUAGCAGUGUUGACGAAGGAAUCAUUAAGAUUAGACAUGCUAUUUGCUGUAAAAGAGUUUUAGUUGUUCUUGAUGAUGUGGAUCAAUCAGACCAAUUAAAUGCAGUACUCGCCAUGCGAGAUUGGUUUUAUCCAGGAAGCAAAAUUAUCAUAACAACUAGACAUGAGCAAUUGCUGAAGGAACGUGAACUCUAUAAGAUGCACAAAGUUAAGGAAUUAAAUGAUGGUGAAUCAUUUCAGCUCUUCUGUUGGCAUGCCUUUGGACAAGACCAUCCCAUUGAAGUUUACAUGGAGAUGUCAAAAAUGGUCAUACAGUACUGCGGAGGGCUUCCUUUAGCUCUUCAAGUGCUAGGUUCUUCCCUAUCUGGCAGACCUGUAGAUGUGUGGGAAAGCACAUUAAAGAAAUUGGAAGCUAUUCCUGACAGUCAGAUCCUAAAGAAAAUAAAAAUAAGCUUUGAUUCUUUACAAGAUGACCAUGACAGAAAUUUAUUCCUUGAUAUUGCUUGUUUCUUUGUUAGAAAGGAUAAAGAAUUCACAAUUACAAUUCUAGAUGGGUGUGGUUUCUAUACAAAAGUUGGGAUUCAAAAUCUCGUCGAUAGAUGUCUCAUAACUAUUGAUGACAAUAACACGCUGACAAUGCAUCAAUUGCUUCGGGACAUGGGGAGAGAAAUCAUCCGCCAAGAAUCACCCAAGGAACUUGGGAAACGCAGCAGAUUGUGGCAUCACAAGGAUGCCUUUAGUGUAUUAAAUGAAAAAACUGGAACAGAUUCCAUUGAGGGCCUCAUCCUCAACUUCAAUGCAUCUAAAGAAGAUAGGUCCACCGAGGAAUUCUUUGGUCUAGAUAAUGCAAAAAGACACUAUUCAGAAGACUUUCUUGACAAAUCAGCAUUAUUAUUGGAGAACAAUUCAUUGAAGCGGCGUCGUCUAGGGUUCUUCUCUUGGCUUCCCAUAAAUUCUGCCUCAACAAGAUCGCAUUCCACAUCAGAUGAAGUAGAUUUACAAACUGAUGCAUUUUCAAGGAUGCACAGAUUAAGACUACUCCAGCUGAAUAAUACAAGGCUCACAGGAGACUACGAAGAAUUCCCUAGGAAGUUAAGAUGGUUGUGUUGGCGUGGGUUCCCUUUGGAAUCUAUUCCCAGUGGCUUUCACCUGGAGAGUCUUGUUGCCCUUGACAUGCGCAAUAGUAGCUUGAAACAUGUUUGGAAUGGAAACAAGUUGCUCAGAUCGUUGAAAAUCCUCAAUCUCAGUCAUUCUUAUGGUCUUACCAAUACGCCUGACUUCUCACAAGCCCCCAAUCUUGAAAGGUUGAUUCUUAAAAAUUGCAUAAAUUUGAUUGAGAUUCAUGGAUCAAUUGGGGAUUUAGGGAGACUAGUUCUGUUGAAUCUAGAAGGUUGCAAAAAUCUUCGGAAGCUUCCAUCGAAAAUUGGCGGGCUAAAAUGUCUUGAAGUACUCAUUCUGUCUCGUUGUUUAAAGCUCGAGAACUUGCCAGAAGAGCUGGGCAAGAUGGAGUGUUUGAAAAUGCUCCAUGCAGACGGAGUUGGCAUAAAUCAAUCAUCCUCCAUGACUACUGGGUUAAGAUCAUGGCCGUCACAUUUCCGGGAAUGUCUAUUUGGACCAAGAAGAAGACCAGAAUCGAUCAGCUUUUCAUUGUGUUCUUUACCACGCUCAUUAUCAGUCUUGAGUCUUGCUGGCUGCAACCUAUCAGAUGAUGCUAUUCCAAAGGAUCUUGGCUGCCUAUCCCUGUUGCAGAACUUGGAUCUAAGUAGAAAUCUAAUAUGUAGCAUACCAGAGAGCAUCAAGUGUCUGACUAUGCUCCACAGACUCGAUCUAAACUGCUGCCCAAAACUCAAGUUACUUCCAGAGCUUCCAAUGACUUUAAGAUGGUUGGCGUUACAUGAGUGCAGGUCAUUGGAAGUGGUAACAAAUUUACCAAACCUGUUGAAGUCACUGUUGUUGUUUUCAGGUGGUUGUGACAAACUAAGUGAGGUUCAGGGGUUGUUCAAGUUGGAACCCAUUGGAAACUUUGAUGAAGUGAUGAUCAGCAAUUUGGGUUUGACCAACUUGGAAUUCCUGAGAAAUAUUGAAGUUUCUUUGUUCAACCUUAUGACGGGAACUGAAAGAAAAGUUCCUCUCCAGGGACUGCAUGAAUCGGGUAUAUUUAGCACUUUUCUCCCUGGUAAUGAAGUUCCAGGCUGGUUCAGCAUUAAGAGCAAGGAAUCUUCAAUAUGUUUUAAGGUGCCUUCAAAUCCUAAUUUCAAGAUCCAAGGCUUGAAUGUAUGUGUUGUUUAUGCACAAAGUGGUAGUUGGAUGGAUUCUGGUUGGCCUAACUUCUGCAUGAUUGAAGUGAGUAAUAGGACAAGGGAUCUGAGGUGUAUAUAUUGCCCAGCAUUCAUGGGCGUUCCAGAUGAAGGGAACGAGAUGGUAUGGUUAAGCCAUUGGAGUUUUGUGAAUCAAUCAGUGGAAGCUGGUGAUGAAUUGAAUGUUUCGUUGUUUUUCGUUGGGCGAUCAAAUUGGGGUUUUAAGCUAAAGGAGUUUGGGAUCCAUGUUGUGUUUGAGGAAGAAGAGAAGGGUACCUACCCUUCUUGUCAAAAUGUUGAUUUGUCAGUGUAUCAGGUGAGGACACGUGCCUACUUCCUCUGCCAUCAUCGUUUUCUCUGGCCAAGCCCAAAAGCUUACCUCCGUUCUUGUCUCCGCUACCUCAAAUCAACGGCAAUAGGUGACUCUAAACUUUAUUUGGAUAGAUUUUGACCAAUCAAAAAUGUUUUGAUGACCUAAAAUUUCUUCAACAACUCAUUCCUUUCUAAUAAAGGUCAAUAAAUUGUCUAAGAGCACUAUCUUUGUGCUGCAAUCACUGUUUUAGUGAAAAUAGGAUCCAAAUGAUAAUUGUUCAGUUUUUGUAAUAUAAUUUUGAAAAACUAAUUGAGUUCCAGGAAUAAUUUUUUAUA